GGCAAGUUCCUCCUCUACCAACCAAAACCAAACCAGUUACUGAAUGGAAUGGCAGAUGAGAGACGCAUUAAUUAAAUACCCAUAUUGUUCCAACUUUUAACUUCAUUGGCAUCUCAUCUCUUCUACUACUACUACUACUACUACUACUACUACUUGCAAGCUAAGCUGCUGCUCUUCUCAACCCAAUUCGAGAAUCCUUCCUUGCGGCAUAGCCUUAUUGUUCCAGCAAGCAAAGCAGCAGUGCUAACUAUAAGCAUGGGUACAGAAAUGGUGAUGGUGGAUGAGAUUCCAUUUCCUCCUCAGCUAACACUUGCAGCCAACCCGCUACCUCUUCUGGGUCAUGGAAUCACUGAUAUUGAGAUACACUUUCUCCAAAUUAAGUUCACAGCCAUUGGAGUUUACUUGGAUCCCCAAAUUGUGGGGCACUUACAGCCAUGGAAGGGUAAAACAGGCAAGGAGCUGGCUGAAAAUGAUGACUUCUUCGAGGCCCUUAUUUCUGCUCCAGUGGAGAAGGUGUUGAGAAUCGUGGUGAUAAAGGAGAUCAAGGGAUCGCAGUACGGGGUGCAGCUGGAGAGCGCAGUGAGGGACCGGCUGGCAGCCGACGACAAGUACGAAGAGGAGGAGGAAGAAGCCCUGGAGAAGGUGGUCGAGUUCUUCCAGUCCAAGUACUUCAAGAAGCAUUCCGUCCUCACCUUUCACUUCCCGGCCGCUUCCCCGACCGCAGAGAUCGCGUUUGCGACCGAGGGAAAAGAGGAUGCGAAGAUCCAAGUCGAGAAUGCAAAUGUUGUUGAAAUGAUCAAGAAAUGGUAUCUGGGUGGAACCAGGGGAGUGUCUUCUACGACAAUCUCCAGCUUGGCCACCACGCUCUCUGCUGAGUUAGCUAAAUGAUGAACUAUAUAUAAACAUAUGCUUGUACUCUGAUGGGUCGUCUUUGUGGGUCACUUGCCAUUGCCUGGCACCUUGCUCUAAGAACAACUCUUGCUCCACCAAUAAAAUGUAUCUCCCCCCGUUUCUCUUCUUAUUAUUCCUCCCAUUCAUGCUCACUUGUGAUGAGUCAUGUUUAAGCUAUAAUUUAUUAGUAAUGAAAGUCAUCUUGAACUUUA